CUUACUUGGUUCGUAGUGGGAAGUGGGAACAAGAGCGUGCCAUGCACAACUCGAGCUCGACUCCCCUCUCCCGUUGACGUUUGCCAGAGCCAGAUGAUGGUUAAACCAUCGCCGAUGGAAGGUGCUUGCAACGCGCGGCGCCGGACAGCUUCUCUAGCUACCGAUAGCAUGGCAACGGUGGCUGAGCAGCACGACGGCAAGCCGGCCAACGGCCUGCGCUGGCGGGCGCAUUACGGCUGCCCGGCAGCGGGAAGCACCACCAUCCCCCUCGUCUUCCUUCUCUUGCUCACCGGCGCGCUGUUCCUCAUCCUCGGCCCGACCGGCUCCGUCCUCAACCUCCCCAGCCUCCGCGUCGUGUUCAGCAACCCCAUCCACAUUGCCGCCGCAGCGCCGCCAGCGCCGCCGCCCGUAGCCGCCAACGUGAGCGACGAGGACAUCGGCCUCCCGCCGCCCCGGCAGCUCACGGACCCGCCCUACUCGCUGGGUCGCACCAUCCUGGACUACGACGCGCGGCGGUCCGCGUGGCUCGCCGCGCACCCGGAGUUCCCGGCGCGGGUACCGCCCGCGGGCCGGCCGCGGGUGCUGGUGGUGACCGGCUCCGCGCCGGCCCGGUGCCCCGACCCGGACGGCGACCACCUGCUGCUGCGCGCGUUCAAGAACAAGGCGGACUACUGCCGCGUCCACGGCCUGGAGGUGUACUACAACACGGCGUUCCUGGACGCGGAGAUGACCGGGUUCUGGGCGAAGCUGCCUCUGCUGCGGUCGCUGAUGAUGGCGCACCCGGAGGUGGAGCUCCUGUGGUGGGUGGACUCGGACGCGGUGUUCACGGACAUGCGGUUCGAGCUGCCGUGGGAGCGCUACGCGGCGCACAACCUGGUGCUCCACGGCUGGGAGGCCAAGGUGUACGAGGAGAAGAGCUGGGUGGGCGUCAACACCGGCAGUAUCCUCAUCCGCAACUGCCAGUGGUCGCUCGACCUCCUCCACGCGAUGGCCCCCAUGGGGCCCCGCGGCCCCGUGCGCGACAGGUACGGCGAGCUCUUCGCCAGGGAGCUCUCCGGCCGCCCGCCGUUCGAGGCCGACGACCAGUCGGCGCUCAUCUACCUGCUCGUCACGCAGCGGGAGAGGUGGGGGGACAAGGUCUUCUUCGAGAACUCGUACGAGCUCAACGGCUUCUGGGAGCUCAUCGUGGACAGGUACGAGGAGCUGCGGCGGACGGGCGCCUGGCCGCUCGUGACGCACUUCGUCGGGUGCAAGCCCUGCCGGCGGUACGCCGACAGCUAUCCGGCGGACCGGUGCCGCCUCGGGAUGGAGCGCGCCUUCAACUUCGCCGACGACCAGAUACUGAGGUUGUACGGGUUCGGCCACGAGUCGCUCAACGGCACCGCCGUGCAGCGCGUCAGGAAUGAGACCGGCGGGCCGCUGGACGCGGAGGACGAGGAGCUCGGUCGGCUGUUGCACCCCACGUUCAGGGCAACGUAGACGACGACUUGGCCUGGAAUCGACUCUUGUUUUGUCGUGGCUGGCUUCUUCUUUUUCCAUGGGAAAACGUUUAUUUUCUACCGACUGAUUUCUCUCGCUUGUAAGCCGCCUCUGCUUCCUGACACGUGUCCCCGUGGGCCUGGCCUGCCCACCGCUCGUUUCUCACCUUAUCUCUUCUGAUUCACCUGGACCAAGCCAUCUUCUCCGCGCCUGCUUGCUAGCUCCACUAGUCUCCAUGGCCGAAUCUCGCGCUACAGAGCAGAUUCACGCGCGCCACUUUCCUGCUCCUCCUUCACCCUUCCCCUCCUAGUCGCUGCCCUCGGUCAUCACCGCUGACCAAUAGCCACCGCUUCAUAAUGGGACACGGGGGCUGUGCUGUGACCCGGUGACGUGAGACGCUGCGAGCUGCUCCACGACGACGACCGGCGACGCGCCGGGGGGCCGGGCCUCAUGCCGGAGGUGGGCUGCGAUCCCUCCAACCACCGUGUGUCCUGGUGCCACUAUUGCUGCAAGAUGGCCGGCGUUGGGGGAAGAUUUGGACGCCGAGACGCUGCAUCACGACACAACAUCCAUGGCGGAGAUUGGGGGCAAGGUUGGCGACGGCGCUGGAACGCAGCAUCCGUGGCUCUGCUCGCUGGCGACGGUGCUACAACGCAACAUCACAUCGCCUGAGUGUGCAGCCGGCCGGACCCGGGGGUCGUGGCGGUGUCGCAAUAGGGGGCUGACGACGCUCUGUCCAUGCUUCAAGCGAGCGACGCGGUGGCUCGCCGGUUUUUUCCAGCAACUCCCGUGCUGCCACCCGGGGCUGCGUGGUGCUCCAAUGGAGCAUCGCCGGGGACCCGUCGGUGCUGCAACGAAACAUCGCCGGGAACCGUCGUACUGCGUUGGAGCUACGUCAGGCUGCAAUGGAGCUUCGUCAGAGUUGCAAUAGAGCCACGGGUGUUGUUGGAGCUCUGAUGAGGUUGCAAUGAAGCAUCGUCGGGUGCCGCCGGAUCUGCAGUGAAGCGUCGCGGGGCCGUUGGAGCUCCGGGAAGGUUGCAAUGGAGCUUCGCCGGAGCUUCAAUGGAGCGUGCCGAGGGCUGCAAUGGAGCACCGCCGGGGUCGUUGGAGCUCUGUCGUCGCUGCAAUGGAGCGUGUCGGGGCUGCAAUGGAGCACCGCCGGGGUCGUUGGAGCUCGCCGACGCUGCAAUGGAGCUUCACCGGAGCUGCAAUGGAGCGCUGCCGGAGUCGUUGGAGCUCUGUCGCGGCUGCAAUGGAGCUUCACCGGAACCGCAAUGGAGCGCCACCUAGGGCUCGAGUUUUUUUCGCGCUGCGGUGAUCGUCUGAGGCUUGCCGUCGGUUUGCAACUGACCAGCUACUUCAACGAAACAACUCCGUUUGCGGCACCUGCUGUUUUGCAGCAUCGCCGUCGGGCGCUCGAGCUGACAGGGGGUGCCAUGGCGCUGCGAACUGGGGCUGCUGCUUUUUCUCUCCGACGCGAAGUGUACGCUGUUUGCAGCCGCCAAAAGAAACGCGAAGGGAAAAGCUGAGUGGGCUGACUCGAUGGAUCCCACGGCUGAUGUCGCUUCCUGAUGGCCCGAUCGAGUGGCUAACGAGGCGGCUUAAGUUUGGCUCUUAUCAGCCGGCUUACGCCUAGCAUCCGCCAAACAUGUUGCUUUCAGUCUGAUGUUUAGUUUAUUAUAGAGAACUCAAGAGUAGGACUCGAGUCCAGGGAUUUUGCCUUCUCGUUAUCGAUGAUUUACUCGGUCUGCUAUACAAAUCCAGUGAUCUGGUAGGGCAUUUCCUUUACCA